AUGCAAAAAUCAACCGCCAGUCCCUCAGCUGCCGUGCAAUCAACAGGCAAUGACUGCGUCGCCAGUCAACCCAACGACAUAAAGCAAACGGCCGCCCAAACCCACACACUAACUUGUGGCAGGGCCGGAUGUCCGGUCGUUAUCGUUUACGACGUUGGGACUGACUGGCCCACGGUCAAUUGCCUCGUCAAUGACCACUCGCAGGUCUGUAAGGGCGGGCUCUAUGUGCUCGCAAAUUCACCUCCCCGUUCCGACGAACACGAUCCACAAUACGCGCUGAGCCCUCCGCAGCCCGUUCCAGAGAGCUCGGGUGCCAAUAACGGAAAUCGCGACAAUGAAGUCAUCGCGGGCAGUGGCCAACGGAGAAAAAAGGAAGACCAGAGAAAACAGGAGCUUGAGAAUGACGAGUACACCGAAGAUGUACAACCCACAUCCGUCAGGUGCCGCGGAUGUCAGAAGGCCAUCAGCCUUGACAAGCGCUCCAGGUACUAUCCUGGACUGUGGGUCAAGCACAGGGGCAAGUGUCCGGGCAUCCUCAAGCUAGAGACAGAUAGAGAACUAACCAGGAGAAGAGACUGGUCUUUUCCGUUAAAUCCAGAACUGCGCCCGCAAGCCGCCUCCUUAUUUGACGCGAGCGGAGAAAAUUGGGAAGAGGGAGAGUCGGAAGAUGAUGAAGACGAGGACGGUGAUGGGAUUCAGCAGAAAGAGGUGAAAGGUGACGGGCGUACCGACAAACGAGUAGGCGUGGAAGAUAAUGAUCCUUUGUGCACAAUCAAUGUCAAGCGCGGUAUCAUGAUCGACAUGGAUAUCACCGGUUUUGAGUGCUCGGAAGGAGCCGGCACCACGCGCACCGGAAUGCGAUGUCCAGCCAUCUAUCAUGACAUGGUCAUUCAACAGCCCACGCUCGGUCCCAACGCAUUAACCUCACUGUUUUUGUAUUGGACGAAGCGACAACCCCUCAUUUCGUCAAUCAACCGACGGCAGUCGACUUUCUGGUCGAACUCAGGUUGUGUUGUAUUUGAGAUAUGCGGCCACGGCGCCAACUUGACUGAUAGUUCUUCAAAGCUUCACGGUCUAGUCGUUGCUGUCGCAAGGUCUACACUUGAAAGAUAA